GCGAACCCUCGCUGCCUUCGCUGCCAUCGCUUCUGCCUCUGCCUUCGCCCCCGCCUCCUCGGGCCUCCCCCGCCUGGCCUCCUCCCGCCCUGCCACCUGCUCCCUCCGCAUGCAGAGCGCUCCCACCAAGAUCGAGCAAGAGGUCAAGCUCACCAAGGAGCUCUUCAACAAGCUCGACGCGGACGGCUCUGGCAGCAUCGACAUGGCCGAGCUCAAGGCUGGACAUCGACGGCAACGCGUCAUCGACUACGCCGAGUACGAGCGCCUGAUGAACAUGCAGCGCUUCGAUGACGCUCAGGGUGGCAACCUGUACGUGCGCAACGCGAUCAAGUUCGGCCUGCUCAAGCCGGACUCGGUGCUGGCCGACUGCGUCAUGGUGGGCAACAAGGGCUUCGAUCCCCUCAACUGCGCCACCUCCAUGGACGCGCUCAAGAACUACAGGGAGGCGGAGCUCAAGCACGGGCGUCUUGCUAUGCUUGCGGCUGCUGGAUGGCCCGUGUCGGAGCUUGUGCAGCCGUACCUGGCCAAGAUGCUGGGACAGCCGGACCUUCUGGCUGCGGGAGAGAAGGCCCCCUCCCUGCUCAACGGAGGUCUUGACCGCGUGAACCCGGUCUUCUUCAUGGCCAUCAUCAUCUUCACCGCCACCGUCGAGUCUGUCGCCUUCACCCGCACCAGGGGCGCUGACUACAUCCCCGGAGACCUCGGCUUCGACCCCCUCCGCCUCUACACUGGCAAGAGCGAGCCGGUGAAGCGCGACCUCGAGCUCAAGGAGCUCAACAACGGACGCCUUGCGAUGCUCGCCAUCACUGCGUACGCGUACGAGGAGUUCUUGACCAAGGCUUCGGUGAUCCAGGACACUCCCUUCCUGUUCAAGAGCAUCUUGUAAGCUAGGAGAGAGAGUUGUUUUUGUAUUGUACAAUAGAUGGGACGAAAACGAA